AUCACAGACACUCCAGAUAGAGACGUCACCUCUCUUGCCCUCCCUCCUUGUUCUUUGGACCUUGGAAAUUUUGGAUGGCCAAGUGAGCUGCUCCCCAGCUGCACAGUGAGUGAGAGUCGCGUCACGAGUGACUUUCAAAAGGCUGACUUGUCGGGGGGGUGGGAAUACAUCCCGACUGAGUGGGAUCUGGCUCUGAUUUAGAACGUGGAUCCGUUGAGCUCGACGCCACAGACAUGUAGCUGGAGCGCUGCGUGGCCGGGGCAUUGUGGAAGUGAAUGAGAGCUUUAUGUGGAGGUGGAAAGAGAGAUGCUUUUCCUGGAGCGCUCGUGUGUGAUGAAUCUGGAGCGCAGCGAGAGAGGGGAGCGUCCCUCACCUCGAGGCGCGGACAUGGAAGCUCGUACUGGGGGAAAGAUGGGGAAGAUAUCCGUGGGCUUUCAGAGGAGCUCCACCUCAGAUGAUGACUCUGGAUGUGCACUGGAGGAGUAUGCGUGGGUGCCACCUGGACUGAGGCCUGAGCAGGUCCAGAUGUAUUUCUCCUGUCUACCAGAGGACAGGGUGCCGUACGUCAACAGCCCCGGAGAGAAGCACAGGAUUCGACAGCUCCUCUACCAGCUGCCGCCGCAUGACAACGAGGUGCGUUACUGCCACACUCUGACUGAGGAGGAAAAGAGGGAGCUCCACAUGUUCAGUGCCCAGAGGAAAAGGGAGGCACUGGGGAGAGGAACACCCAAGAUCCUGCCCCGAGCUCUGCAACACACCCGCUGUGAAAACUGUGGCGGAGGCAUCAACGGAGGGGAGAUGGCAAUUUUUGCCUCCAGAGCAGGUCCGAGCCCCUGCUGGCACCCAGCAUGCUUUGUGUGUGCCACGUGUCAAGAACUGCUGGUGGAUCUGAUAUAUUUCUACCAAAAUGGCAAGAUCCUCUGUGGAAGACACCACGCUGAGCUUCUCAAACCACGGUGCUCUUCUUGUGACGAGAUCAUCUUUGCGGAUGAGUGCACCGAGGCAGAGGGUCGUCACUGGCAUAUGAAGCACUUCGCUUGUUUCGAGUGCGAGAUAAUGCUAGGUGGGCAGCGCUACAUCAUGAAAGAUGGCCGGCCCUACUGCUGUGGCUGCUUCGAGUCACUGUAUGCAGAGUACUGCGAGGCCUGUGGUGAAAACAUUGGUGUUGACCAUGCCCAAAUGACCUACGAAGGUGUACACUGGCAUGCCACAGACCAGUGCUUCUGCUGUGCCCAGUGCAAGACCUCCUUGCUGGGCUGCCCCUUCCUUCCAAAGCAGGGUCGCAUCUAUUGCUCAAAGGCCUGUAGCCAGGGAGAGGAUAUCCAUGCCUCCGACUCGUCUGAUUCUGCCUUCCAGUCUGCCCGCUCACGGGAAUCACGGCGCAGUGUCCGCAUGGGCAAAAGCAGCAAGCCUGCCGAACAGUGGAGACAGUCACAACUGUUUAAUCCCCCUGCCACCGUCCCCUCAUUUGAGUACAGCGAGGGUGAUGGAGAUGCUGAUGGUGACAUUGAUAUUGUAGGGCGGAAGCUGGCCCGUCUUGGCAUGGAGGAGGAGAGGUUCUGGAGGGAGCGGGAGGAGCAGGAUGCCUGUGCAGAGGAGGAUCCAGAAGAGUGGGCCCAGCAUGAAGACUAUAUGACUCAGCUCCUGCUCAAGUUUGGUGACCGCGGGAUGUUACAUCAACUUCAGCAGCCAUCCCUAAAAUCUCCCAGCCCCAGCAGUGAUAGAAAUGGGCUCAUAAGUGUCUCUGAUCCCUGGCUUAAACCUGAUACUACAUCCAUGGGGGUUACCGCCUCCUCUCCCACCCCUGCCAGCCCCACCCAGAGCCAGGCUUCCAAUCAGUCCCGAACCAACAGCCUUAGUCCUGGACUGAUGAGCAAGAAGCACCUGCCUGAAAUGUAUUGGGCCCAGUCCCAGGAUGGGUUGGGAGACUCUGCUUAUGGGAGUCAUCCAGGUCCUGCCAGUGCCCGAAAGAUCCAAGAGCUGGAAUUGGAUCAGGACCAAUCUGGCACAGGAAGACCGGCCUUUUGGCCAGACACGAGGCAGUGGUAUGAAGACUCCCUUGAGUGUAUCGCUGAUGAGCUGAGGAAGGUCGAGCAGGGUGUUGGAGACUCCAUGGACUCCCUGGCACUCUCAAACAUCACUGGCGCGUCAGUGGAUGGAGAUGGCAGGGAUAGACCUAUAGUCUACACCCUUGCUAUGCAGGAUCCCUCGGUGGCAGAUGACUGUGAGAAGAUGAGCAACAUGGGGACCUUUAAUUCAUCUCAUCAUCACCAGAGUACCAACUCACUGAACCUUAACAUGGAGAAGGGAGACGCAGAGGCGGAGGAGGUAGCAUUGGCAAUGAGGGGAGGCACACCAGGAGGACUUCUCUCAUUGUCCCCGCAUUCUGAAGGCCUCCCUCCCUCCUUUGUCCAUGCCCCAGCUCUGAGGAGAAGCAAGUCCCAAUCCAGGCCUCCUCAGAUGGUCAAGUUCUCCGACGACACUGUGGACAAUGGAUAUAAUGAUGCGUUUGAUGUCAGUAUAAGGAAGCACCCCAUGAGUGAGAAGCCACAGCGGAGGGCGUACUGCCCAGAUGAGAUGGGCCGAGAAAGAAGCCGCCCAACAAGCCACCAUGGGCGCAGCAGGCAGCAUCACCACCGGCAAGGCCGACACCACAGGAGUCGCAAAACCCGCUCGGACAACGCCCUUCACAUGGUGCCCUUGGAGAAAGCACAGAGGCCGUAUGAGCCACAGCAGCAGGGCCUGGUAAACCCUUCAUGUGGUGACAUGCUCUUACAGCAUCCCUCACACAGGCUGCCCCUGGCCUACUCCCAAACUCGAUCUGACUAUAUGCUUCAGGGCUCAACACAAGGAGACCCACGGGUUGAGAAUUUCAUGGGUCUCUACAGAGAUGAGGAUGACUGGUGCUCUACUUGCUCUUCCUCAUCAUCAGACUCCGAGGAGGAGGGCUAUUUCCUGGGGCAGCCGAUCCCUCAGCCUCGAGCUGCUGGGCGCUACUACGCUGAGGACUACCCAACAAGGGUUACCGCCCUGUCUUCCCAGAUUCAUGGUUCACAGACUGGUCGCAGAAAGAGCCACCGCUCCAAAAACUGCAUCAUCUCUUAACAGUUCAAAGUGUAUUUACAUUAUAAUCUGCACUACACUAAGCAAUACAGUCAGAUUUUCUGAUGGUUUACACAGAUCAAGGCAGUUCAAAACAAACGCAUGUGCACAAACUGUUUAUUAUGUGCUAAUAGAAGGUGCAUGGCCACAUGUCAAGAUGCAUAUCAUUUUAGGUCAAAAUCUACUGAAAGGAGAAAUAUUUAAGUAUAACUGUUCAGCAAAGGAAAGACCAGAUCUGUGCAACAUAGUCAGAAAAUCAAUUUUGCAAAUUUGGCCUACAUACUGGGUCUAUUUGAAUUGUAGCACUAGUAUGACACAGACUGGUAAAUGUGGAAGCCUUUUUUUUGACUGAAAUUAAGCAGUUUGGCAGAGUGGAGACAUCAAACUUUUUCUUUCAUUUCAGCAUUUGCCAUUAAGUUGUUGUUUUUAGAUGUUCACUUAAAAGUUUGCAGCAAUAUCUUUGUGUGCAUUAAAAUGGCAACACUAUUGUACACAGAGAUUGAAAAAGUAGAAAACAGAAACUAACCAAAUAAUUAUUUAAUGCAUAAUAGUACAAAUGAUAAUGUAUAUACUAAGUUAAGAUUUUAAUACCGGUAUUUUUAUAUCCUCAGUUUAAAGAAUUGUUUCUUUUGAAGUGUAUGAUAUAAAAAAUAGCAGUUGUAAUGGUAAACAAACAGACCUCCUUAAUAUUUCAUGACAAACAAAGAACGUGGCACUUCAUAAAGUGCGUUCUUCACAGUAAAGUGCCAUGUUACUCAGUAACAAUGUCUAUUUUAACAUAUAUUUCACAAUGCUCACUAUUGGUGUACAAAAUAUAAAGAGAAUGGCAGUUAACACCCGCAUUUUCCAUACUCAGCCCAACUGUUCACUACCCUUGCUCAGACAUAACCAGCUAAAUGCUUUGUGAUGUAAAGGUGCUUGUAAUAAAUAUUUUUUUUGCCAAAG